UAGAGUUUCAACAGCUGUUGUAGGAUGUCCGCGUGCUUUAUAAAAUUUCAAAUAUUUAACUUUACCAAUUUCCUUUUGAAAAGUUCAGCUACCGUAACAUUUUUCUUUGAAAUCUGUCAAAAAUUAGGUACUUUUCAGGUGUCAAUUGUCAACUAACGAUUGACACUUGACAGUAAUAGCAGCAAAGGUCUUCACAGCGAAGUUCUGGUUUUAAUUCUUAUAAAUAUACAUAUAAUAUUGUAUUGUAAAUACUUUUUUUUCUCUAUAAAAAUUUUUUGGUUUAACAUGACUGAAAAUGAUAUUGAAUCUUUAAAAAAUCAAUUAUCAAUAGCGCGAAACGAAAUAAAUAAACUCAGGCAACAAGUAAAAUCGCUGCAAUAUGUCCAUAGAAAAGACAUUGAAUGCUUACAGAAAAUGCUUGAAGAUUUUAGAUGUGAAGGGUGUAAACUACGCAACUUGAAUGAAAAUUGCUUAAAUAAAUCCAAAGAGGUUGCACAAGAUUCCAAUGCCAUUGCUUUUAAACCUAUAGGUGUUAUUAGAACCGCGUUCCCAGAAAAAAGAGCUGUACCAAGGCAGUCUACACUCGCAGGAAAAUUAAGAGGAAUUAUCGAUAUAAACCCAGAUGUUUUCACUAAUCCUGAACAUUCAUUACAAGGACUUCAAGAAUUCUCCCAUUUGUGGGUUAUAUAUCAUUUCCAUAGAAAUAAUUCUCAUUCAAAAACAAAAGUUGCACCACCACGGUUAGGAGGUGAAAAAGUUGGAGUUUUUAGUACUAGAUCUCCUCAUCGACCUUGCCCAAUCGGGUUGUCUUUAGUCGAAAUAAAUAAAAUCGAAGGCUCAAUAAUAUAUUUUAGUGGUACUGAUAUGGUUGAUGAAACACCUGUAUUGGAUAUAAAACCUUACAUUCCAUUUUAUGACUCCCCAUUUAACGGCAGUGAAACUUCUGGCCGUCUUUCUGUAGGUCAAGAUAUUGUUGAUUUCUAUAAUUCUCGGCAGGAGCCAGACGGCGAAGAGUCAGACUCUGACAUUAAUGGGGCUGUUGGAAAUUCCCUAGUAUCAAUGACAAUGAAUAAUUAUAGUAAUACAAAUAAUCAUCAAAUAACAACAUCAGUUUCUCCACUAAACCCUGAUGGUGUUAAAGUACCAAAUUGGAUUAUUAAUGGGCAAACACUGUCAGUAACUUUUAAUGAAAGAGCCGAAUCGCAAAUGCGUGAUUUAAAAGUUGAUCGGCAAAGUAUAAUUAAUGUACUGGAAACUGACCCACGAUCUGUUUAUCUUCGAACAAAAUAUGGUUCACAAAUUUUUACAUUUCAGCUAAGCGAAGUUACGGUAACAUGUAAAUUUGAUGACAAAAUUUCUAAUGUUACUGUAGUUCAAGUAAGGCGAACUGAAAAUGUGCAGGAUGAGAAUUACUAAAUUGAAAACAAAUAAAAAGUAUGUAGAUAUAAUAUACAUUAUGUAUAAGAAGCAAGUAGGAAAAUUAUCUGAAAAUGUGAAGGACUGCAUUUAUGUAUUUGUAUAAAUUUAAGUGAUUCAAAUAUUACAAGUAGUUGAUACAUUAAAAUUUUGAGAAAAUAUUGAGUGUUUGAAAAUUUAAUUUAUUAAUUUGUGGGAGGUCAAGAGAAAUU